AUGUCAGGGGAGUGGUCUGUUGGGCUCUGCAGCUGCUUCGGAGAUGUCGGCACCUGUUGCUUGACUUGCUGGUGCCCCUGUGUUACAUUUGGCCGUGUAGCUGAGGUUGUGGACAGGGGCUCCACAUCGUGCUGCAUGAACGGGACCCUGUAUGUUCUGCUACUGUCCAUAGGUUGCCAGUGGCUGUAUACUUGUAGCAAACGCUCCUCAAUGCGAGCACAAUACAACUUACAAGAAUCGCCAUGCUUGGACUGCUGUGUCCACUUCUGGUGCGACACCUGCGCGCUGUGCCAGGAGUACACAGAGCUCGAGAAGCGCGGCUUCAAUAUGGCCAAAGGAUGGGAAGGUAGCAACAAGGUGGUGGGGUGUGUACAAGGGAUGAGACCGCCACGAAAGCAAUCAAUGUGCUUCUAGAGUUCUAGGAUAGCAUAAAUCCUGAGUUUGCUGAGCAUGGUGAUUGGCACUUCCUUUUCUUUUCUUUUUUCUUUUUAUAAUAUUUCGAGUUCCCUAACUUUUUUAAGUCUUCCAGUAAUAAGGAAAAGAAGGGGAGCCUUAUGAUUGGUACAACACUACGAUGUUGAUAAAUUUCCAUAAACUUGCAUUGUGUCUGUUUUCUUUGUUUUGCUCUUUAUGUAUGUUUCCACAUUGCAACAUCAGCAGGCAUACAUAGGCUUGUGUUCAAUGGCAUAAAACACAGCUCGGCCGUAGUACCAUUUAAUCCACAAGACAACUACAGACCAGCAAAUUGUCAUAAGCAUACAAACACUCGAGGAUUUGAAAUCAUCUAAGUGUAUCCAUAAAUGGUUGACUAACCAAAUCAACGCUAAGAAGGAUGAUUUUGGAAAGUUCCAUCAUCUAUAGAAGUUUCUAACUAAUGGCUGAAGUGACCAUACGGCUCGCAAAGGAUUAUUCAUAACUAUAAAGGCACAUAAAAAUAAUUGAUGAGACAAUAGACAUCCGUGCGAUUUUGUACAGUUAAAUCAUCUAUAGAAUCUAUUAAUUCAGGGCUUAAAUUCCCAAAAGGCAUACAAGAUAUUGCUAAACUGGAAGAAUGCCAUCCUAAUGAAUCUAAAAAUGACACAAAGCAAAUACAUAAGACGAGUGCAACUUACU